AUGGACGUCUUGCAAGGUCCAGGCGACGGCCAGGUUUUGCUCAUCAACAAAGGGGUUGGUGAUGGGUCAAGGGAGGCCUUGGACUUCACAUUCUAUCCCGCUGCAGCCGGCUGGAGUACCAUGUAUCCAGAUGCCUCUGAGGUAUCGGAUGCAAUGCACAUAUUCCUGGAGCGUUCAUUGCCUAGUCUUGAGGGCAUGGACCUCUCACUGGUCAACAGAAUAGGCAGCCUAGCUGCUCGCAGCGCACCCAAAUGGCUUGUCGAUCCUCUAUCUCGCCUGGCCGUCAAGCGGAUGCUGGCACAGAAGAAGGAGUACCGCUGCCAACUGACAACUGUGUCAGAUAUCAUCCGAACACAGGGUCUCGAGGUCGUAAAUCUCCUUAAAGUGGAUGUGGAGCGAGCAGAGCUGGAUGUGCUCAGGGGCAUUGCAGAUGGGGAUUGGCCAAAAAUACGCCAACUAGUGAUGGAGGUGCAUGAUGUGAAUGGGGCUCUGGGCGCUGUCAGAGAGCUGCUCAUUGCCAAGGGAAGCUUCGCAACAUGUGUCGUUGAGCAGGACACCCAACUGGAGGGCUCCACACUGUACAACCUCUAUGCCACACAGCAGAGAACUCAGGCGGGGUAG